UGACGUCAUAUUAGUAAACCCCAAUUACAACUCUGAUUCUCCUUCCCGGCGAUAUGAAACGAGCCGGCGGCGGUGUCGACUUCAUCAGCUCUCUACCCGACGAAAUCCUCCACCAUAUCCUCGCCAAUACACCUACCAAGCUCGCGAUCAGAACCUCCGUCUUAUCCAAACGAUGGAAGCAUGUAUGGUACGAGACACCUUCUAUCUCAAUUGUUUGCAAUAGAGUAGAUCCUGAUUCGCUAAACAAAACCCUAAGUAGCUACUCGACUCCCAAAAUCAAGAGUUUCGAUGUUACUAUAAGCAGAGAUGUCACCGUACCUGAGAUUGAUACCUGGAUUAAUCUCGCUCUGUCACGCAAGGCUGAGAAUGUAUCUCUCAGAUUCACAUCUCAUUAUAGAUUCCGAGAUACAUUCUUCAUCAAUUCCUCUCUGAAGCAGCUUAGUUUGACUUUGGUUUAUUGCAUUCUGAAUCCCAAGUGCGUUGUCUCUUGGUCAUCGUUAAGGAACUUGUCGUUGAAUCGUUGCAAGGUGUCUGAUGAUUCAAUUGCCAAAAUUCUCACUGGUUGUUCAUUGCUCGAAAGCUUGACAUUGAAUCUCUGUGAUAGACUCAAUGAUCUUGAUCUGAGCAAGUCACUAAGUUUGAGAAGACUGGAGAUACUUGGAGACCGUUGGACACCAGAGAGGAUUGUAGCGCCACACAUUCGUUAUUUGAGAUUGGAAAACUAUCAGCGACCAUCUACUUUAGUGGAUGUCUCAUCUUUAACCGAAGCUAAUCUCGGUCUUUCAAAACAUGUACUUGACUAUUUCACAUGUGAAAUGGAGACUGAAUCGCUUCAAUACAUGGUGCGACAGACGGUGGUUAAGUUGCAAAACAUAAAGAAGCUUACUAUUGGGGGAAUUUUUCUUCAGAUUCUAUCUCUUGCCGAGCUCUGUGGUGUUACUCUUCCAGUCUUCCAGAAUUCAAUAUCGAAGCUUUGACUGUUGAAACGAGGAUUGAUCAGUCUGUGAUUCCUGGUCUAGCAAGGCUGCUACAAAACUCUCCUGGACUUAAAAGGAUAACAGUUAACAUAACGAAGUGCAACACCACACCGGAUAAGCAUCUUGACAGACACUUGAAAUUGCGAGGCUUGAAUCCUGAUCAAAGCUGGAUAUCGAAAUAUGGGGUCUUUCCAACUGUGGAGCAGACAUCUGCAAAGAUGAAACAUGUGGAUUCGUUCAUAAAACUUGUCAUGGGAAACACAAAGACAUUAGAGAAGCUGGUUUUACAGUUUGGAGAUUACCUUGAUGCAGCAUAUCAAAUGGUUCCAACAUUAUCUUACGACGAUAUCCAAAUUGUGAUCAAGAAAAGACGAUCUUAAAUAGUACUAGUAUAUUAGUAUAUGCUAUGGACCACCGUAGAUGGCUUAAUUGUCUUGGUUAACGUGUCUACAAAUUAAUUGUUUUGAUCUUAAAUUUAUGAUUCAGAGCUUUAGGUUUCUGUGUUCACAUUGAAGGGAACAACAGUUAUAGCUAGUCUUGUAGGUUAGUCUCCGUGUGAUUGUCGUUUUUGAUGUGUCUUCACUGAUCAGUACACGCAAAAGGCAAAACUUUCCUCCGUCCAAAGCGGAUCUCUAUAUUACGUUUCUGUAGAAACUUAAGGUCUCUCUCACACAUGUGGUGAAAAGUGAUAGUUGAAGCAAUGUUUGAAAAUUAAUAUCUAAAGCUUCUAAUUGACA